AUGAGCUCUGCAUUCUCGAGUGCGGCUAACUCAUAUGCCAGUGGUCAAUCUUUCGCACAUGAAGCUACCAAUGGAGCUGCAAACAGCCUCAAUGAAUCUAACGAUGCUACUCCCUGGGAUAAGAACCAGUAUAAAAAGCAGUAUAAAGCCUUUCCAUACAUGAAUAACUACAUUUCCAGCAUCAGAAACGAGCUCAUGGAUCUGCCUGCCGAGUGCAGAAAAACUGACAACGAACAAACUUUGAUAUCAUAUUAUUCAACCAAAGUGCGCGCUUUACGUAACGAUAGCAUCACUAGUGGUCUUUCAGGUCUCUCGCUAACAAGCGACGGAUCCAAAAAAAGUCCGCGAACCAAACAUGCUACGAAGAUUGCCCUUCAAAGUGGUAGUGAACAUAAGACGCCUCUUCGCGAGGCCGCAGACGACUAUAGAUACAACCCUGACGCAUUGUCCACAGGCUAUAUGAGCUAUUGUUCUAAGCUUCCCAUACCGGGCUCAAAACGGUCUGAGCUUCUCAAACGCCACAAUAUGUGGAUCCCUAUCAUGCAGUGGGACACUACGACAAAAAAAUCGCUUGGUGAUGGUCCGCACUCAGUCCCCAUUGCGACUGGCCCCUCUUAUUUGCACACGAGCACCUCUAUUUAUCGUGCUAUAGAUAUUGGUGUCGCGAAUACAUUUACGGGGUCGACCAGCAUCCCUCCCCUGUUUGGGGAAAGUAAGAUCCCUUCGAUGGUUUAUCAGUGCACCGUAGAGUUGGGAGAUAACAUUUAUACACUAGGUGGCCUCACACCAUCAUACUAUUACACUGAUGAGAUGCCAAACCUGAGCAACUAUUACGUUGACGGAAUACCUAAUCUUCCCCCACCUUUGAUGGAUAGCGUUGUGAACAAUCCUAGCAUGGUGAACAACCAUGAUCUUUACAUCGUAUCAUCGUCUUCAUUGAGAGUACAGAAGGCCAAUAUGACGGGCCAAGUCCCUCCUCCCCUGUUGUGUAUGACUGGAUCCGCCCUCACCAAGCGCCAUAUUUUUUAUUAUGGGGGGUUCGAGAUCAAAACGGAAACUGUCAUAAAUGAUACCGGUGGAUUCUACUUGAAGAAAAGGGCAGUUCUUCACAAGCGAGCUUAUAUAUUGGAUGUCAUGACCUCGAGAUUUACAAGGGUCGAGUUAGUUGCUCAGCCAACCAAAUUUAAUGCUUACCCAUCUAUGCUUCCACGAUUUGGCCAUUCGCAGGUAUCAGUCAAGGUCAAUAGUGCCCCUAAGUGCGCUACCUGUGCAGCGAAUAUGAAUAUAGAAGGCAAGAACGGUGAAAUUAGGCGCGAUGCAGAUUCACCCUCGUCGCCUCUAUCUCAACCACUCGAUAUGAGGUCGCAAUCUGAAAGCUCUUUUCUGACAGAAAGGAACAUGAGCAAUAGGAGCACUUCACCAGGGGUUGGUGCCUUCACUAUCUUGAUUACUGGGGGCUAUGGUCAAGUGAAUGGCGACGACUAUGAGACUCUUAAUGAACUGUGGAAGAUUGAAGUUACUGUCAUGGCAAAAGGGAAACGCAACUUUUUCAAAUUUGCGGACACCGCGCUGGCGACUCCAUUUACCAAGCUACCCGACGAUGCCGAGGGUAAGACUUGGCCAGCCCGAAGGGCGUUCCAGGCGUGUGAUAUUUACGACACGGCGAUUUUGAAGAAACAGUCUUCUGAAGCAAAGUUACUAGAAAACUUGAGGGCAAACUUCCACAUUGAGUCUGACCUUACUUCUCCAAUGAGUCCAAAUGAAAAGCCGCUGCCUUUAUCUAACCGGUUUGAGACAUAUAAGCAACAACACCAUAACCAUCAUCAUCACCAGCAGCAUCACCAGCAGCAUCAGCCACCUGGGCAACAGGAGUCCGGAACCUUCCCCACUUGGCCCAACCAAAAACCCAGUGUCUAUUCCCAAGGGAUUGGCAAGACGUUGGUGAUUCAUGGCGGCUCGAAUAAGGACUUUGUUUAUGGUGACAUGUGGUGGUUCGACCUAGACACAGAGACCUGGACCCGAGUCAAGACCUACGCAGAGGGGAAAGAUGCAGCUCGAGAGGGUGGCAGUGUCGAUUUCACGCUCGUCGGGCAUAAGUUAAUCCGGAUCUCGUCCUGUGCCGUUCUUAUGGGCGGUUUCAAUCAGCAGGAUGUCACGACGCACUGGAAAUACGACGAAAAGGCUCCCGAGUUUGAAAGAACUGGAUUGCCGAUAUCGUGUGCACCGUGUCUGCAUCUGCUGGACCUUCAAACAUCGGUCAUCGGGCGCUUCUACUUUGGCGAUAGCACUAUUCACCGUGAUGACAGUCCCAAUUCUACCUGGCAAAAAAACUUACGGAUGCUAUCUACCUCUGCUGUGUACAAAAAUGGAUUCAUGCAUCUCGUGGGUGGCUUGCUGUGCAGUUCCAGCGACCUUGGCGACGUGCAUUUACGUGGUACUUUCUCUAACUGCACUUUACCCAUUUUAAGCACACCUAGAGUAGACCUGGUAUGA